CUGUGAAGACAGCUGCGACAGUCAACAGAUACCGAGAGCGGCAUGAUAUGACAGGAACCGGACACAAGGUGUGCGGGUAAUGUCUGAAGUUUCCUCCUGUUUUGAACCAGCAGUGUCUUGGGUUUAAGGCUGGACCACGACAUCUUCUAAAGGUCUUCGUGAUGUGGGAGAUGUGGAAUUAGAGAACCAUGUUGGAGCCUCCAGAGCCCAGCCAGGACAUUGUAGAGUGGCUGUCCACUCUCCGCCUGUCCCAGUAUGCCUCAUGUUUCCAGCAGGGAGGAUACCAAGCUCUGGAAGACUGCAAGGAUCUCACAGAUGAUCGCCUCCUGGAGCUUGAAGUGCUUCCAACAGGCCAUCGGAGGCGCAUCCUCCGCAGUUUGGAAGCACUAGGGGUGAAGCCUCUGGAUGGUGGAGAGAAUGAAGAAGAAGAGGAAGAGGGAGGAGUAGAGAAAGGGAAGCACCGGAGGAAACCGGCAUUAUUCCCGAGGCAUAUUUUCCUAAAGGACAAAAAGAGAGGGACUUCUUGUCAGCACCAUCAGCCAACAGAGAGGAUCGAGUAUGAUUUGCAAGGGAGUCAGACUUUGCCUCCAGGAGCAGGACUGGGAACAGAAAUUGAGGACAAACACUUCCGCCCACCUAAGCCGGCCCCACGCAAUCCCCAGAACAUACGAACAUCCACAACUGCACAUACUUGCAUCCCACCUUCUGUGUCCUCCAGCAGCAGCAGUGAGUCACUCUGCGUUUCAGAAAUGCCUUCAGACUGGGACAUUUCCUCAGAGGAGCCCUCGCUGUCUAGUAUCGACUCCAUCUGCAAUUCAGCUGAAAUACCCCGGCCAACAGUGACUGAAGACAGUGGGGGUUUUCUUGGUGAAAUGGUGGAAAACUCCAUCUAUGAAACACAGCCCUGUUUUCAGGUUCUUGCAGGUCCACGGUUAACACGUUCCUACAGGCUGAGGCACCGACCAGUACCUGAAAUCCCGAAUCAAACUGUACCGCCGUUUCAGGACAGGAGCACACCACCAGCGCAAACAACCAGCCCUGAACACCUAACUGGCUCCGAAGGUCCCACUGGUGCAAACAGCAUACAGAAAGCUCCACUUCAAAGAACCUUGACACCUAUUGCUCCCUACGGAGAAACGUUCCUGUACAGAAACCCUGAAAGCGCUCCGGACCACGGUGCUAAAGAAGGGUUACAGAAGGUGUUUAAGGACAAGAUAAAGCAGAGGAAACAGAGAAAAAAGGCAUCUAAACAGAAAGAGUCAAAGGAAAAAGAUUCUCCUCCACCUCCAGCUAUCUCAGACCCCUGCAAAGAUGAGUAUUCAACAGUGGAUGAGUGCGCCAGCAUUUUGCCGCGAGCCAUUUUGGACCAAAGUUUUGCCUCGACUCCGGAAACUCUUGCUGUUGGUCCAGCUGCCUCUGGCGCUAAAGAUGGAUCCUUGGUCAUGGUGGAGUGUGAAAUCUACUCGGAGCCUGCAGAAGCUCAGGGGGUUGUGAGCAGAAAUGCAUUGGCUGAUAUUUCUCCAUAUGCAUGCUUCUAUGGAGCCCCCAAACACCAGGUGCUCAAAGUGGGCUGGCUGGACAAACUGUCACCUCAAGGGAAUUGUGUUUUUCAAAGGCGGUGGGUACGAUUCGACGGGGAAAGUCUGGCCUACUACAACAAUGACAAGGAAAUGUACUCCAAAGGUAUGAUCCUGGCCAGUGCUAUCAGACAGGUGCGAGGACUGGGUGACAACAAGUUUGAGGUAGUCACCUCCCUUCGGACUUUCAUAUUCCGGGCUGAAAGAGAAGGGGAGCGCCAGGAGUGGAUGGAAACUCUUCAGACGGCCACGCGCCCCCCCGCCUGCGGCUCCCAGAAGCCCUCCGACAGCCUCGCGCACCCCUCCUCCACAAACAAGCGAGGCUUGCUGGAGCUCCGUGGUUACAAAGGCAGAGUUCUGGUGUCCCUGGCGGGGAGCAAAGUCAGGCUCUGCAAAACAGAACAGGACUACAAAGCGGGACUGGCUAUUGCUGAAGUGGAACUGACUGCUGCCAAUAUUAGAGACAUGGACCGCAGGGGCUUUGAAAUCAACACACCCUUCAAGAACUUCUGCUUCACGGCCGAGUCAGAACAGGAGAAGGAGGAGUGGAUUGAAGCGGUCCAGGAAUCGAUUGCUGAGACGCUCUCCGACUAUGAAGUGGCAGAGAAGAUCUGGUUCGACGAGGCCAACAGGAGCUGCGCCGACUGUCGCGCCCCACGGCCGGAGUGGGCGUCUGUCAAUCUGGGUGUGGUCAUCUGUAAGAAAUGUGCAGGACAGCACCGCUCCCUCGGCCCGAGUAUUUCAAAAGUGCGGAGCUUGAAGUUGGACAGCAGUAUCUGGAGCAAUGAGCUAGUGGAGCUCUUCCUGGAGGUGGGGAACAAGAAUGCUAACACUUUCUGGGCUGCUAACCUUCCCAUGGAGGAGGACCUGCACCUUGGUGCUACGGCGGAGCAGCGUGCCACAUUCAUCCGCAGGAAGUACAGGGAGAGGAAGUACCGGAGGGUCCUGGAGGGCUUUCAUGACCUGGAGCAGCUCAACCAGGCGCUGUGUGCAGCUGUGGUGUCACCGGACGUGCUGCAGACCAUGGCUCUGGUCUUCAGUGGGGCAGAUGUUAUUUGUGCCACCGGAGAUCCAGUGUGCUCCACCCCCUAUCUCUUGGCUCAGCGUGCUGGACAGAAGCUACAGAUGGAGUUUCUGCACCAGAACAAACUGUCUGAUUUCCCCAGACUUGAGCCGUGGUUGGAGAAUCCCUCCCUGUCUGAUGCUUCCUUCUUCAUGGAUGGCUUCCUCUACAUCUCGUCUGGCUCUGCCAAGUCAACGUUGGACCGCCGCAGAAAAGAUGACAUGGCACGUCGUUGGUGUACCUUGGAAGGUGGCUUCCUGAGUUACUACGAGAGCGAGCGAAGCCCAUCGGCCAUCGGCAGGGUGGACGUCAAUGGGGUGGUUAGUCUGGCUGUCAACAACACAGAGACAGUGACUGGAGCUGGGGCUGUGUUUACCGUGGAGCUGUACCUGCAGACAGAGCGAGCGCUGACUGUCGGAGCUGAAACACAGGAAACGCAGCAUGACUGGAUCCUGGCGCUAACAAAGUGCUUCGUCCCGUCUAAAGUCGAGGGACUGGUGCAGAGAGACAGCGAGCUGAUUGGCAAACUCUACUACAAAGAGGGCCAUGACCUGUACUACUGGAGGAUAGGCUGGUUUAUGCUGGAAGGCUCUACCCUGCACUUCAGCUCAGGAGAAGAGGAGGGAAAGGAGGAAGUCAUUCAACUCAAACAGCUACAUGAGCUCACUGUCUCCACACAUACCGAGGGUGAGGACAAGAUCCAAGUCCUGCUGAUGGUGGAGGGUGGAAGAACAGUUUACAUCCAUGGCUUCAACAAGACAGACUUUGCACUGUGGCACUCUGCCAUUACACUGGCUGCUGGCACAGAUGGCAAGGCCCUCAGUGAACAACAGCUGACUAAAAACGGAGUCCCUAUUGUAGUCGAAAGUUGCAUUGCUUUUGUUACUCAGUAUGGUUUGUGCCAGGAGGGGGUCUACCAGAGGCCAGGGGACCCCGGUCGAGUUGCCCAACUCCUGCAGGAUUUCACCCGCAACGCUCGUAAUGUGAAGCUGAGGGAGAAGGAUCACCAGCUGGAGGACGUGACCGACACCCUGAAGAGCUUCUUAUCCCAAGCAGAGGAUGCCCUGCUGACCAAGGAGCUCUAUCCAUACUGGGUGUCAGCUCUAGAUGAGAAGGACGAGGGGCAGAGAGUGAAGAAGUAUUCCACCUUCAUAGAGAGUUUGCCAAAGAUAAACAGGUCAACCCUCGAAGCUCUGUUGCAACACCUGUACAGGAUUCAGCAGUGUUCCCACCUCAACCACAUGCCGAGUGAAAAACUGGCCUCCGUCUUCUCCUCCUGCUUGUUCCAGACUCAGGGACAAACCCCACAGGAAAUUAGCGUGGUCCAUGACCUCAUCAACAACUACAUUACUCUCUUCAGUGUCAAUGAAGACCAGGUGCAACAGAUGGAGAGAGAGAAUAGUUUCAUCACACGCUGGAACGACAAGAAGGACACCACAUUCUCUCCAGCUGGGGACUUGAUCUUUGAGGUGUACCUGGAAAAGAGAGAGCCAGAGAACUGCUGUUUAAUCAAGGUCUCUCCCAGCAUGCGGUCCACGGAGCUUGCAGAAACUGCGUUGAGCAUGAGGAACGUCGCCUUUAACACCGACGACUUCUGGACUACCUUUGAAGUCAUUGAGAAUGGAGAGCUAGAGCGACCGCUGCACCACAGUGAGAAGAUUCUUGAGCAGGUGUUGGAGUGGAGUACCUUGGAGUGCCCCAGCUCUGCUUUUCUUGUUAUAAAGAAGUUUGCAGGGGCCAAAAGAGUGGCUGGUGGCAAAGCAGAACAAGGGAAAUUCAUAAAAAGCGAUUAUCUAAAGUUCAGCGAUGGAUCCUCCAAACUGUUGUCGGGGCACAAAUUCCAGGACAAAUACGCUGUACUACGUGAAGAGAAACUGCUGCUCUACAGAGAUAUCAAAAGCACUAAAGCAGAGAAAGUGAUCCAACUCAAGUCUGUAAAAUGUUACCUAGGCCUGAAGAGAAAACUCAAACCUCCAACCAGCAGCUGGGGCUUUACAAUCUACACUGAUAAACAACAAUGGCAUUUGUGCUGCGAGAAGAGGGAGGCACAGGUCAGCUGGGUGAUGGACAUAAUCAGGAUGAAGUACGGUUCUGACCUCUAUUCAAAGACCGUUAACUCAAAGGAAGCUGCAGAUCACAAAUCCUCUAGAGGAGGAGCUGUGACUGAAGGUCGCAAGAUUCCACCACACAACCAUAAUACCAACAAACAGGGGACCACCAAGGAUGCAGGUCUGCACAAGACCAACACCACAGCCAACCACCCAAAGCACAACCACCAGUUCAAAGUCCCAGAGGUCCCACAAAGAAGACCUUCUGCGGGCAUUGUCCAGCCUCCGUGGCUCCCUCCCCCGUCUCCGUCCAGACACUCUCAGCCCUCGGCUUUGCCUGAACCUCCUAAGAGUGGCUGCCAAACCACCAGCAAGAGACCGGCUCUGGGCGGGGAGGGUAUGAUGCCGCCUAAUCUGCUGAAUGAACUGAACUUGGUCCUGAGCAAGACUGGUCGCAGUGCCAAGAACAAUGACUGGCAGGAAGAGAAGUAAGCAGGAGAAAGAAAGGUAAUUAGAAUGGUCAGUUUUAACUGUAGGAAAAACAUGACAGCACUGAGGGGAGAGAGAGAGAGAAGUGUGGAGACUGAAAAAGACCACACAAUGCAGAUGGAGAGUAAGUAAAUUGCUUUCAUGAGGAGGGAUCAUAGCCUGGAGACUGCCUUUGAACUUGGAUAUAUAAAGUGAUGCCAAUGCACAGGGGGGAUGUAGAAAACAGGUGCAGGAGACAUUGGAGGUCAUGCAGACCUCAGCUGGACAUGGUGCUGACCCAAGCACUACAAAACAUGAUUUAUAUACCGCUCCUCUAAAGUCCGAGACAUGUUACAAAAAUACGUUCAGCUGUCAAACCUCAGAAAUUUCCAGAAAUACUCCAAACCGCUUGCUUCGUUCUUUUAUGUUUCCAGUUACUUUGAGACGGCUGUUUUCUCUACAUUUGAAAAGUAUUGUGAUUAUUUUAAUAUUUAGAUGAAAUUAGCACUUUUAACGCAAAAGCUGUUUAAUCUAGUUGCACACGUUAAAUAGCACUUCCUUAUAUUUUUAAUUGUUAGUGGAGGAAUCUGCCGUUGCCAGUGAGAAUUAAAAUACUCAGAGACAUGCGCAGGAAUGCAAAGAAAAUGAUGCGUAUGUGCAUAUCCAACACAAAAGAGAGGACUACGUUUAGGGCCCGUUAGCCAUUCACAGUGGCUAAAAGACACGAAAUUGUGAGUAAAUAUUUAUUUGUAAUUAUUUGUUAUUUGUUUUUCUUUUUUUUAAGCAUAUCCUGUGGUACACCACUUCAAACAUUGCACUGGUCACCACCAACUGUAAUUUUAAUGUACAGUAUAAAUAUAUUAAUAAACAUUGCAGAAGUGCUUU